UUUUUAGAAGAACUAUGUCUGUAUGAAACAGAAAGAUUCCUCAGAUGUUAAAGGUUCUUCAUUCAACCAAAAAUGGUUCCUCUGUGGCAUCAUGAAGAACCUUUGCUUUUAAGACUGUAUAAGCAUUUAUGGUUCCCCACAGAACCUUAGGUCAAAGGCUCUUAUAAAAACAAUUUAGUUCUGACCUUUUUCCAUUAUAAAAACUCUUUAAACAUCAGAAAGGUUCUGUGGGUGUUAAAGGUUCUUUGUGAAACCAUGCCACGCUAAAGAUUUUGGGGCUUUAUCUUUAAGAGUGUAUUUUAUUCUAGUCUGUUUAGUCUGACAGCUUUACUCUCUGCUUAUGUAAGAUAACACUUAAAACUAAUUAACCUCUCAACAAAACACAAAGGAUGCGUUUGUGUGAAGACAUUUCUUUUCUCUCGUGAUUCAUUGGUGCCGGUUACGCGCUUGAUGGAUGUUGAAUCAGUUUGGAGUGAGAGAGAGAGACCUGCUCGUGCCUGCGGUUGCUGUUGUGCUUUCUGAUGUCAUAAUGAAAUGGAAAGGAUGAACAAAAUGAGAGAGAGAGAGAGAGAGAGAGACCUCGAGAGCGUGGCGUCCAGGUGCCGCCAGUUCUCCUUCACUGAAAACAAGCGAAGUUAAUGCGCGUGAGGAGCGCGACAUUUGCGCAGGUGUGUUGUCAGGCUGUUAAUGCACGCAGAUAUGGACUUGGUUGAAGUAUUAAAGUGCCAGUCCACGUUCGCGGAUGACUGCGAACUUAACGCGUCUCUGACUGGUGACAGUGACACGCGUAACGCGACGCUUGGCGGUGGUUUGACGCAUGAGGGCAUGUCGCCCUUGAUACCGGUGAUCACGGCGGUUUACUCCAUGGUGUUUGUCGUGGGACUGAUGGGAAACUGUCUGGUCAUGUAUGUCAUAAUCAGGUACACUAAGAUGAAGACUGCCACCAAUAUCUACAUCUUUAACCUGGCAUUAGCCGAUGCAUUGGUCACCACCACCAUGCCGUUUCAGAGCACCGACCACCUGCUUAACUCGUGGCCCUUUGGUGAAGUUGUGUGUAAAGUCUUCAUCUCUAUUGACUACUACAACAUGUUCACUAGUAUUUUUACUCUCACUAUGAUGAGUGUGGAUCGGUACGUGGCCGUUUGUCAUCCUGUUAAAGCACUGGAUUUCCGCACCCCGCUCAAUGCCAAAGGCAUCAAUGUGGGAAUAUGGAUUCUGUCAUCAGCCGCUGGGAUUCCAGCCAUGGUGCUGGGAGGAACACAGACCAAUAAUGGCACCACCGAAUGCGCUCUGCAGUUUCCUGAUCCAUAUGAAUACUGGGACACGGUGAUGAAGAUCUGCGUCUUUGCCUUUGCCUUCGUCGCGCCCGUCCUUAUCAUCUGCGUCUGUUACUCGCUGAUGCUCCUGCGUCUGCGCAGUGUCCGCCUGCUCUCCGGCUCUCGAGAAAAAGACCGCAACCUUCGUCGUAUUACUCGUCUCGUCCUGGUGGUUGUGGCGGCUUUCAUCAUUUGCUGGACGCCCAUUCAUAUAUUUAUCCUACUUAAAGCCCUGGUGGUGAUUCCUGAGACGACACCCGUCAUGGCCGCCUACUUUCUGUGUGUGGCGCUGGGUUACACCAACAGCAGCCUCAAUCCUGUCCUUUAUGCUUUCUUGGAUGAGAACUUCAAGAGAUGUUUCAAGGACUUCUGUCUGCCUGUAAGGGGACGAGCGGGAGGUUUAGGGGUUACGGGAGGAAGGGUUAAGGCGUCCAGGGAAGCCCCCGAGCUUGUAGAGAGACCACCAAGGACGGCAAAGCCGGCAUGACUAGCCGUGGAACUGUCCACCAUAACACAGACCGUGAAGGAGGAUUCAAACACACUGGGAUUGACGCAAGUUUCUUCUGCGCUCUGAUGAAAUCGUGCAACAUUUGAACAAACAGUAUUAAGGUUGAGCCGGUUGUUCAAACGUUGCACGGCAAUAAGACUGACAAAGUGUGAAUAAGCAGCUAUAGCUUUGUCUGAUGGCGACCAUUAGGACUUCAGUAGUUUGCAUAUUUUUAAUUAAAGGAAGAAAAGGAGAGCGGAUAUAAAAACUGACUAAAAGCCUGAGGCUGUCAGGGCUGUAGCUCAGUAUGUUGUUCAUGUGGUUGCACAUAAGAGUCAUUAGGAGUCAUGGGGGCACAGGAUCAACUGUGUGAUCAUGGCCUAGUUUUGCUUAAUUAAAAGUCCAUUAAUAAAUAAAAAAUCUAUAAACCACGCCUGCAUGUUACUUAACAGAAAAUCGCCUGAUGUGUAAAGCCAUCACACAGCCAAGAUUUUGCAUACUGAAAAAAUGUAAAGACUGAAUGCACUGUAAGGCACUGGAUUAAAGGUGUAAUGUGAGGUUUUUAGCGGCAUCUAGUGGUGAGAGUGCAAAAUGCAACCAACCUAAAUUUCGAAAUGCAAUGAGAAGCUACAGCCACUAGCCUAGUGAAAACCAGACCAUUCUCAGUAGUAACUGAGUUAUGGUCUGGCAAAGCUUCAUAGACAAAUCAUUUCCAAAGGGGCGUCACCAACGGACCUCGCUUAAAUGCCUCUGGGCGCAAUUGGAUAGACCUAAAACCAAUCAGAGCGAUGAAGGGGAUAACAUAUGCACCACUACCAGAGGGCUCGCCGCUCUCACUAAGACCCAUUCGUUUAGCCACCAAAGUUGCAAGCUGGUAUAUCAGACUUUUGCCGGAUCCAGUCGGUAAGACAGCAAUAACAUCUUUUUUAGAUAUGAAAACUUCGAGUGUUGAUCUUUGCUUGGGUUUUAACGAAAAGUAAAAGUUUAAAAUGCUUAAAACAGACGCGAUAGCUGAUUCAAACGAGUGAUGUUUCACAGCGGCAUCCAUCUGUGUAAUGUAAAAAACCUGCUUUACUGUUGCUGCUGCAUUGUGGUCAUCGUGUAAAGCCCGCUCCAACAUUUCUGAUUUCUCGGCAUUAGAAAUGGGCUUGAAUGGACUCUUUGCCAGACUUGCAGAGCAAAUCUAAAUUUCCCGGAAGUUGUCUGAGUUUUCCCAAGCUAUCACUUGACAAACAUGUCAACUUAGAGCAGUUUGUCCGUUUAGGGCUACUGUAGAAACAUGACGGCGACUUCCAUGUAAGGAGACCCGGCAUUUUUGUAGAUAAACGCGGCUCAUUCUAAGGUAAUAAAAAAACAAUAGAGUUCAUUAUGUGAGGUCUUUAUACAGCACUGAUAAUAUAGUUAUGUAUAUUAUAUUGGAUUUCUGUCAAAAGAUAAUUCUCAAAGUUACACACUGCACCUUUAAAUCAUCUGCCAAUGCAUAAUGUAAAUGUUUCUCUAUCGCAUAGGUUAUACAAAUCAGCACAAAUUUUCCUUGACACUAAUGUGUCUCCAGUACUGUAGAUUUACAUUGCAAUUCUGUGCCAGUAAAAAGAGCUGCUUGUAAUCAUUGUGUUAUCUCACUAGGUUUAGUUUAUUCUUUAUCUGAAUGUUAUAAAAUCUCAGUGUUUUAAUAUGGUGAGGGUCUCUAGCUCUAUCUGCAAUAAGCAUUACAUAUGUUUGCUGAAAUCUGUUACCUAACCGGUUUACAUUGUUAAUAACUGGAUGAUUAAAUAUAAUUACAGGUACAUUUACUUUCAUUAUUUGUGUGUGUGUGUGUGUGUGUGUGUGUGUGUGUGUGUGUGUGUGUGUGUGUGUGUGUGUGUGUGUGUGUGUGUGUGUGUGUGUGUGUGUGUGUGUGUGUGUGAGAGAGAGAGAGAGAUAGAGAGGAAGUGUUUGUUUCUCUCUGCUAGUUUUGUUACAUAAUGUCAACACUGUUACUCUACCUUGGUGAUCCAUGACAGUAAGUACCAAACUAUUAAAAUAAUUAGUUAAAUAGUUGCAUCUUUUCUGUGAAGAGGUAUCUUUUACUGGUGUCUUCUUUAACCCGAAUAUACUGCUUAUAUACAAAUGUAUCUUUUAACCCUUGUGGCGUGGUCCAAAUCACUACCCUUUCGGGUUGUUUGUGUACAAAAA